AUGGAUUUCGACCGUGCUGGCAACGAUCUGCGUAUCAGACAUGAGAGGUCCAUCGAGGCCGCUCAUAAGGAGCAUGGAUUCGAACUGGACCUCUCGUCGUACGUCCUCGGGCAUGAUCUGCAGUAUCUAGGAGUCAAUGGGAAGGGCUACAGCCGUAUCAAGACCAAUAUGAAGGACUUCGUACAAAGCCACAACAAGCCUGCUUUGGUGUGGGCACCGGCCAGCUCGAAACAUGUUGGGGAACGAAUACCACAAGUCGACAACGGAAGGCUAACCUUUCAUAACACACUCAGCCACAGCAAAGUUACCACCUUCAAUGAUAAGGGCAACGAUCUCGGCGCUCCGGGUUUGAUUUCGUCGAAGACUUGUGUAGACCUCUUUGCGGGUGGUCAUGGUGGAAGGUACAGCCAAGAAAGCCACAGUCCAUACGGAGUUAUCUCUCAUAGCCAUUACUUCCAAACCACUAUGAUUAUUUCACAAUUGUCUCGCCCCCUGACUUUACUCGUUACAGUAUCGUCAGCGGCUGCGUAUUAUAACGAAGUUGAUGUAAGAAGCUCGAAUGACCCCGGGCAGCUGUCGAAGUUCGUGAAGCACGAAGUCAGCGUCCCACAGAACAGCGCCGUCGCCCCAAGUGAUACUCUAAGUCAGGUCCCGUCGAAUCCGAUGGUCUUGGACCUCUAA